AUGAGUAUCAGUAGUAGCGCAAUAUCAUCAUUCAAUCCCACGACAACCACAACACCAGCAUCUUACCCUUUUGCUUAUCCUACUUUCAAUUGUGGAGCUGAACCAGGAAUAUAUCCUGGUAAAUCACAAGAAGAUAUGAUGAGUAUUUAUGAAUGUGGAAUAAGUCAAGGAUUCCAAGGUUAUGAAAUGAAUUUCACACCCAAACUGAGUACAAUUACUACAUUUCCUCCAGAAGGAGUAUUUACAUUUCCAAUUUUAAACAGUUAUCCAACAUUUGCAUGUGGACAAAAUACGACAGUAAUUACUGCUUUUGAUGAAGAUGAUGCUGAAAAUAUUUAUACAUGUGGGCAAUCACAAGGUAUAGAAUUUUCAAAAGAAAAAGAAGGAGUAAAAUCUAAUUCUGCAAGCAUUGGGAAAAUUAGUUGGUUAGUAGGUCUUACAGUUUUUACUUUCUUAGUAGUAGUACAACUUUAA